AUGUUCAUGAGCGGGAAGGACAGGAUCAGAAAUGAGUCAGAGGGACGAGGUGGUUUGAGGGUGGAGGAUAAAGAUGGAGCUGCAGAGUCCACGGGCCCUGUGCCUUACGACACCGUUGGCCAAAACUUUACCGUUGUGUUUCCGGAGAACAUCGCCAGCUACUACCCCAGCCCGCCCACAAACAUGGUCAUAAUCACUGCUUUGAAAAACGGGACAACAGUCCGAGUUCAAGAGUACGACAAGUCUGAGCAACGGGACCUGGACGCUGGAGAUGUUUGGAAUUUCACCGUGAAUGCAAAGCUGGAACUCGGGAAGCAAAACAUCUCCAACAAAACUCUGACCAUUGACAGCAACAAAGAUAUCACCGUUCAAGCCAUCAGCCGUAAAGAAGACAGUCUGCAGACUGCUGUCGUCAUACCUACAGACAAACUCGGCACAACGUACCUCAUCCCACCAAUACCCACAAUUCCCGGCACAAACAAUUAUCAGGACUUAGUUGUGCAGACGGUGACGGAGCGAGGCCCGUUCAGAAUCAUCAUCGUCAACGGUGUUCAGCAGCAAAACAACGUGAACGUCGGAGGAUUAAAGACGCAAGAAGUUUCCCUCCAGUCAGGCCAGGUUGCUCAGAUCUGGUUGAAUGAGAGUGCAGGGUUUAAAAACGUGACGGCUGAAAAGCCAGUGGCCGUCCUCUUUGGCCACCCCUGCGCCGUCCAGCGCUACUGCAGCUGCGGGCUGCUGUACGCCAUUCUGCCGCCAGCCCCAGGCAGGACGCUGAAGUACUUAGUUCCUCCAUUUCUGGCCCAGGAUGCCGCGGGAGAGACGAUGGUACUUUUGGCACAGAACGAUUCCACCAGUGUCACGCCUUACGCCUCAAGCUCACCGACGUAUGAUGUAGCCGGCACAGCCAUCCUCUACCGGCCGGGAUUACUCCUCCCUCUGAUCCCAACAGCAAACUUUGCCUGCUGCUUUGUGGUCACAGCAUUAUCCACGAUCUCCAAGAACUACGCCGUGAUCGUGGUCAGCAGUAACGUCACCGACGGGGUUCGUGUUGGAAAUAACCACAUAUCAAGUGCAGACUGGACGAAACUGGAGGGGACUAAUUACAGCUCGAUACAAGUUCCUCUGAGUUUGGGUGAAACUGUCAUCUGGCACACUUCCUCCAAAAUGGCCGUCUACUUUAGCGGGAACAAUGGAAGCACUUUGUUUGGGAACCAGGCACCUGUCGUCAGUUCAAGCCCAGAUUUCAGGGGCUGCGCCGUCACCCCCGAGGUUCUAGACUUGGAAGAACAACCCAGCGACUGGCGUGAAUCUUUUAAAACCUGCGCUGAUCGCAAACUAGAGCUGCUCUGCCUGUCAAGCGCCGACCUCCAGAAACAGAUCUAUGGCAAACUUUACCAGAACAGGUCUUUAACUAACAACACUGUACAAGAGGUGUGGAUCGGCAUGCGGCGCAGCUCGCUGAACGGGGAGUGGUUCUGGGUGAACGGGGACAGCGUCAACAGCACCACCUGGGGUGACGGCGAGCCCGGUGGGGUGGAGGAAGGCCAGUGCACCAUCAUGAGUCUGGGAAACGGCACGGGCUUUGAGUGGAGCGACGACGAUUGCUGCAUGGAUGCUCAUUAUAUCUGCUACAAGGAGCCGGAGCUCUUCCCCAUAUAGGACAGGAGCUCUGCAGCUCUGCACUGUCGUUAGUUUCACUACACAUCCUGUUCACGUAUAAGCACGCUGUAGCUGCCAGUCACAUUUUAUGGCUCUGUAGAAGAAAAACAUGUACUCUAGUUUAGUCUGAGGGUCUCACGCUCUGCUUGGUGAGACACCUGAACAGCAACCAGCAGCAUCUUAGUCCUGAAAACCGAAGCAAAUGUGUAACUGAGCAUUUAAGAAAGUUUCACUUUGCAGAGGAUGUUCCUGCUGAUCUGACUGGGAAAUGUUACGAUCGUUGGGAACCAGUAUGCAGCAUCACUGGUUUCCUGUUUGAUUGUAAUCUGAGGAGAGUGAGCUGUUAUUUGUCACUAUUUAAAGUGUUUGAGCUUCGUGUGUUUGUAGUAAUCGGCUCUGCAGAAGCUUCAGCAGAGUGAUGCUAACUCGUAUUUACUGUUUGCUCUUAGAUUACGGUUUCUGGGAUAAACGAUCAGCUGCUGAUAGAAUACUUUUCUAUAAUAACUGAAGAUGUAAAUUCAAGUGCGAUUUUAUUCUUUAAGGAGUCCUAAACCGAGCUGAAUGUAAGUUUACAGGUAACC